GGCUCCUAGCCCUCCUCAUACCCCUGUCAUGUAUAGCUGGGAGUACCCGGCAGGGCUCGGUGUAGACUCGGGCGGUACAGCUCGUAUUAUACGGGGGUUGUGUUGUAUAACGGGGUACAGAUAUGAACAUGGCCGUGUCUGUCUAUAUACUGUGUAAUGAAAGUUAUCACCUGUGAAAUCUCCUGGCACAACCGCGAGCCGGUGUAUAGUGUCGAUUUUCAGCAUGGCAACAACAAAAUCAACAGGUUGGCCUCCGCCGGUGUGGACACUGCAGUGCGGAUCUGGAAGGUGGAGAAGAAUAAUGAAGGGAAGGCGGUGGUGGAGUUUUUAGCCAGUCUCACUCGUCACACCAAGGCUGUCAACGUCGUGCGGUUCUCUCCCAAUGGGGAGAUUUUGGCAUCAGGUGGAGAUGAUGCUGUGAUAUUAUUAUGGAAACUCAGUGAAAGCAAAGAAGUGGAAUCGACUCCUUUCAACGAUGAAGAAGACUCUGAGCUAAACAAGGAAAACUGGACCAUAUUUAAGUCUCUGAGGGGUCACUUGGAAGAUGUGUAUGACAUUAGCUGGACACAGGACAGCAACUACAUGGUUUCGGCAUCUGUGGAUAAUUCGGCAAUUAUGUGGGAUGCUGUUAAAGGUCAAAAAAUUUCUAUAUUUAACGAGCAUAAGAGUUAUGUGCAGGGAGUCACCUGGGAUCCUCUUGGACAGUACAUUGCAACACUAAGCUGUGACCGUGUUUUGAGAGUGUACAGAACUGAGACCAAGAGAGUCGCCUUCAAUGUCAGCAAGAUGAUGUCUUCUAUCCCCAACCCUGAUGGAGAGCCUAAGUCUUACAGAAUUUAUCACGAUGACAGUAUGAAAUCUUUUUUUCGGAGACUUUCAUUUACACCUGAUGGCUCCCUCCUCCUCACCCCAGCCGGAUUUGUGGAGAUAGGAGAAGUCCUUGUUAACACAACAUAUGUGUUCUCCAGGAAGAAUCUAAAGAGGCCCGUAGCACAUCUUCCUAGCCCAGGAAAGGCCACACUUGCGGUUCGAUGUUGUCCUGUCUUUUUUGAGUUAAGAACACCGGUCAAAGAUGCUGACGGCGAAGCGCCCCAGAAAACUUACAUCACUCUGCCUUAUCGUAUGGUUUUUGCUGUUGCCUCAGAAGAUGCAGUGCUUUUCUACGACACACAGCAACUUCUUCCUUUUGGUUAUGUUUCUAAUGUGCACUAUCACACCCUGAGCGAUAUAUCAUGGUCCGGUGAUGGGACAUUCCUCACAGUCUCCUCCACAGAUGGAUACUGCUCAUUUGUGACUUUUGAUGAAGGUGAACUUGGAGUUCCUCUUAAAGAGAAACCUGCUUUAGUGUUAAGUACUCCUUCUGCCUCAGAAAAGAAGGGCAGGAGAUCUCAGGGGAGGAGGGUGUCAUCCCCAAUGGUAAAAGUGGGAGAGCUAACCCCUUCUUCUAGACUGUCAGAGCACUCUAGUCCGUCCACUCCUCUACAAAGCAAACUUCCUGCCAUGGGCAAUCUAUCAACAACACCAGUGGGAAUUAAAGUGAUCCCUGCGACCCCCACAUCUGAAGACAAAAAGAAUGCUCAAAGCAAAGCACCGGCCAGGCGAAUUACUCUGAACACCUUGGAAGCUUGGAGCAAACCGAGCAAACCCAGUACACCCAGCCCCAGGAGAAUCAAUCUGAUUCCUGUAAAGAAAAAUUCACCAAGCACACAGCAGAUCACAACAGCAUCCCCCCAACCUAGCAAAGUGGAAGCCUGUAGCACUGAAACCUCACCGGUUCAAGACCCCAAGUGUAAACCACCAGAGUCAAAGCGUCUAAAAACAGAGAAUCCCCCAAUCAUCAUUCUGGAUGAUGAAAGUCCAAGCACCAGCACCGCCACAGCAAAGUAAGGAAUUGUGACUCUUAAGAAUACAUGCCCCUUUAAUUGUUCAGUCUAGGAUGGAUACCUCCGACAAGCUGCAUCACAGGCUCACACACGGUGCGGACUCAGCCUUUACCCAGUGGAUUAUCUCCAGUCUUCAUGCAUUAUGAAACUGCCUCCUGAAGACUACUAAAUUACAAGUCUCAAACGUGUCUAAGAUUGUGUUUUCUUUCAAGUUGCUGCACUUCUUCUCACCUCUCUGGCCCUGCCAUUGGUCAUGGUCUGCUCUUCAUGGUACGUUCUUCUGCAGUGCAAUAACUCCGAGGAUAGCAAUGAAGACAAUGAAGUGCAGUCUUCUUCCACUUUCUAUUUCCAUCUGGUUAAUGCACCUAUUCACUUCUUCAGUAUCAGACUUUCCAUACUUCGCAUUUCAGGUGACUUGAUGCAGAUAUGAUGUCUGUUGCAUGGAAUUAAAUUGGAAGAAGAAGAAAAGUCCCUGUGCUCUGAAAUAUCAUCAUAGAGCAUGAAACUAAAGGGAAUGUAUAUUCCUAAGUGUAAAGUGACAGAAUGGUAAAUUAGGUUAUGAGCGCCACUAUAAUUUAAAUUGUGAGUACGUGGUGCGGAGGUGAGAAAAGGGCAAACUUGGUGUGAUCAGUCUUGUCUGUGUAGAUACCUUCAAGAAAGGGGUAUUCCAGGCAUACACAUGGGAUUAAAGCAUUGCUAUCAGUUCGCAGCCACAGUAGGAUACAUUUAAACUUCUUGGGCCAACGCAGAUUCCUGGAACACCCAUGCAAGUCUAUAGGAGUUCUGGAAAGUCCAUCUGAUGAUGUCUCAGGCUACGAGAUUGCCACGAAAUUUAAAUGUAUCCUGACACUGGAGAGAAGCUAUAGCAAUGCUUUAUGGUGUAUUUACACACAGGAUCCGCUGCACAUUUUAUGUAAAAUCCGCAAUUGCUGAUCACUACAGAUUUUACAAGGCAAUUCUUAUUUAUUUUUGAUUACAUUGUAAAAUCUGCAACUGCGGAUCGGCAACUUUAAAUUCACUGCGGAUAUGGUGAGUGUGAGUACACCCUUAAAGUAAACUAGAGGUGCCAUCAAAAUUAAUUAAAAAAAAAAGGGAGUCCUACUCACCUGCCCUGAUUAUUGCAGCUGCUGUUCUGACGGACCCCAGUCUCUUGCCUGCAAUAUCUCUCUUAUUACUGUACCACAUGUGCACUGAUGGAGAAUUUAUAUUUUGCUGGAGAAUUGAGUAUUUAAUAUUUUGUUGGCGGUGUUAGAAAAAAAAAAAAAGCUUUUAAAGGCUUCAUGAAUAGUUUUCCCAGGGGCAGGGAUGUUAGUGUAUCUUGCACUUUGUAACUUGCAAUGCAGUCACUGGGCCUUAAUGCAAUGAAAGUGUCCAGUACCAGAAAUAACCAAACAUAGUCUGGUUUUCUAUUGCAAUUCAGAAAAAGAAACUAUUGCCAUAAUUGGUUGUUCAGCAGCGUCAUUUUUGUUUCAAGGUUUUUGCCCCACUGAGGCCCAGUCCAUGAGUUCGCUUUUGGGUUUUUGGCUUAUCCAAAAAUCUGUUCCGUACGUUGAAAAGGGGGUUGUUUUGUACACGGCAUGGUUAUGGAUUUCUGCAGGCCCCAUUCAGAUGAAUAAGGACACUUGGGUAAAUUUUUGCAAGAAAUUUGCUUCCUGUAAAUUGAUCCGCUCUGUUUUGGACCUGCUCCCAGUUCUGUCUGAGUCAGAAACUUGUACUGAAGCUGCUAAGUGUAAACACAAGGUUCUCUAGCAGUUACCUUUUGACUUUUGUAAAUUUGUUUACUUUCCUUUCUUCUUGAUAGUUUUGACUUAGUAUUUUGGUAUGUAUAUGUUAUAUUUGUAUGUUCAUAGUCAUAUUCAUCUGUUGUAUAAAUGUUUCCAUUUAUCAGAGUUAAUGUAUUUUCAUGAAUUUGGGCAUAUUGUACUACAUGGGGAAAAAAACGUGCAAUUAAACUUGUU